AUGCAAUCUCUUCUCGGCCUGGGCUUGAAAUUCUGUCCCCGUCCAGAAUUCACCACCAGCCAGAGCCGCUUUUCUACAUCCCUGGAUUGUUUUGCGAAAGAUCUUCAAACAAAGUGUUACUUUGCUGGCAAAGAGUCCAAGUGGACUCCAAAACAGCUUUAUAUUCUCAAUGACCAAAUUAUCAAUCGUGAGAUUCAGGCCCGAAUUGACUCCUUUAGCAAAAAACUGAAGCCACCGUUCCGUCGCCGAACAGUCUGUUCAAACCUCACUCCCAUCCAGCACCGUCUCCUCUCCACCCUCCGCCAUCACCCUGAUCUACUCGUCCUCAACUCUGAUAAGAAUCUAGGACCAGUGAUUUUGGAACAAGAAGUCUACUUGCGCCGCUGUCUUACUGAUCAUCUUCUCACCCGGCCCUAUCAACAACUUUCUCAGGAAGAAGCUGACAACUUCACCUCUGAAACGAGACACCUUCUCAAGAAAUUCCUCACCGAGAACUCCUAUCCCAACAGCGAAAUGGACAUGACAUAUCUUCGGAGAUCUCUUGAGUCUGUGACGGACCCCUAUGCAUACUUCUACGUCCUUGCAAAGAUUCACAAGAGUCCUUGGAAGACACGCCCAAUCAUUUCCGUCUCUGGAAGCUUGCUCUAUGGCCUUGGCAAAUGGCUAGACCAACAACUUCAGCCCCUUGUUAAGAAACUUCCUACCUACCUUUUCAGCUCAUUCCAACUAAAAAAUGAUUUGGACAACAUGCAUGGAACUGACUUCUCUUGCAUGAGCCUCUUCACUGGUGAUGUAGUGGCAAUGAACCCCAGCAUCAACCUUGAAGACGCCUUUCUUCGUAUCCGCAACUUCUUGACAACUUCCCCUCUCUGUGACAACGUCUCAGCCGACCCAAUUCUGGUUGCCCUUGAAAUAAUCAUGAAAAGGAACUGUUUCCGCUUUGGAGACACCUACUGGCUCCAAACAGACGGAACUGCAAUGGGCACACCACCUGCACCCUCCUUUGCCAUGUUGUACUAUGGUAUUUUUGAGAUUGAUCUACUUCAAUGUUUUGGAUCAUCUCUACACUACCUCCGCCGAUACAUUGACGACCAAUUUGGCAUUUGGAUUCACCACCCAGAUCCAGCCGUGGAUCGCCAACAAUAG